ACUUUCCACACUUGACUCGCGGGCGACGCACGCGUCUGGCGGACGGACCGGGAGGGGGGCCCGGGGGACGACGCAGCGCUGCACUCGAUUCGAUCCUUACUCAGUCAGUCAGUCAGUCAAGUCAGACGCCGUGCGCUCCCUCCGAGGCGCGCUCUCCGAGGCACGCUCUCUCUCCGGCGGGCCGCCUAGUCCCUCCAUGGAGCUGCACAACCUGCUUUACGAGACAGCAGCCCCGGGGGGGCCUCCGGUCACUUUGGGGGCCCCGUGCGCGCAGGAAGCCACCGACUUCGGUGCGGGGUACAUCGGGGACGCGGAAACGUCCGUGGACCUGAGCCCCUACAUCGACGCGUCCGCCUUCAACGACGACUUAUUCCUGGCCGAGCUCUUCCACCACCCGUCGCGGCUGCGCGCGGCCACGGCCUACGAGCACGCGCACGGACCUUCUCCGCACGUGUACGCCAAGAUGAACGCCAAGGUGCUCAAGGUGGACGCGGAGGAGCUGUACGAGCGGGAGCGUCGGCUGGCCAUCAAGCAGGAGCCGUGCGCCGAGGACCUCCUGCGGCAAACCCCCGCCGCCUACCGCCACUGCUACUCCCCGCCGCACCUGCAGUACCAGGCGGCCCACUGCGCGCAGACCUCGGUGCACCUCCAGCCGGGCCAGCCCACCCCGCCGCCCACGCCCAGCCCGCAUCACCACGCCCUCCACGUGCCCCCCGACCUUCGUUUUCACCGGCCGCCGCACAGGCCGGCGCCGGCGGGCAAGGCCAAGAAGCUGGUGGACAAGAACAGCCCCGAGUACCGGCUGCGACGGGAGCGCAACAACGUGGCGGUGCGCAAAAGUCGCGACAAGGCCAAGAUGCGCAACAUGGAAACUCAGCAAAAGGUCCUGGAGCUCAGCUCGGACAACGAGAGACUAAGGCGCCGCGUGGAGCACCUCAGCCGGGAAUUGGACUCCCUGCGGGGGGUCUUCCGGCAGCAGCCGCACGUCCCCGACGCCCGCUACAGGGCGCACGCGCACAGCUGAGGACCCGCGCCCAAGAAACGACGGGAUCCGUACGUGCGCUGGACGGCACUGCCGAUGACUGCACGUGCGCGCGUGCGUCUUUCUUCUCCUCUAUUGACACGCACACACAAAGUCAAAAGGUCACACACAGGUCCUGGUUUCCGUAGUUUAUCACACGCACACACAGACAGGAACAAAGCGCGCACACGCAAUGGGUCACAAAUGCGCUCGCACACACGUACAGAAUUGAUGGUGUUUCCAAAUCGACACGAUAGAACUUGUUCGACUAAUAAAAUACUUUGUUUGA